AUGGAAGAAAAAAAAGAAAAGAUCUCUAUCCCAUGGGAAGAUUGCAUUCUUUCGUUUAUCGAAACCAUCUCUCAAAUCUCGCUCAAACCCACUUCUUAUCUUUCCAAUUUGUAUACCACUUACUUUCCUUCUGACGACAAAGAUAUUUUCACAAAAUUACAAGAUCAAUGCGAUGAUUUCUUUAAACCGGGAAUAAUCGAAAAAGAACUUAAAAAUAGUGUAAUAA